AUGACGUAGAAAUUAAAAACUGGCAGCCGAUAAGAGGUCUGUCUACAAUGGCGAAUCCAAAGUAUGCCGAUUUACCCGGAAUUGCUCGUGAUCAACCGGACAUCUACGAGACAACUGAUUUGCCUGAAGCUGAUCAGAGUACUCCCACUGUGGAUCAAAGUGAAAGUGUUCAGCAAUUAAAUAUUUCAGCUAAUGAUGCAUAUGAAAAAUUCAAAGAUAAAAGAGUUGAUGCCAAUAGCGUUGAUUUUUCUGACACCAUUGGUCAAAAGAAAAGCAGCGGUUAUGAUAUUAGAUCAGGAAAUUGGGAAAUGCUUGGCGAUAACAGCGAAGAGAAAGAAACUCCACAGCAACGAUACUAUAGACUGCAACAUGAAAUGAGAGAAUUGGUAGAAGAUUUGAAUCAAAUGAAAGUUACUAUACAAAAGGAAACCAAAGAUCAAGAAUUGUCUCCAGCAACUCUUGCCAAAUUAGUAGAAAAUCUUCAACAUGAAUUAGUUGACAUUAAUAUGGAAAAAAUGCUUGGAACAGCUGCAAUUGCUAGUUUAUCAGAUCCUCAUAAUGCCUUACAAAAGAAAUUAUUAACUCAGUUAGAAGGAUUUAAGCAACAAGCUGUUACUUCCAAACCAAAAGAAAAGCAACCAUCCUCAUCUGGUGGUGGUGACAUUACAUAUGAGUUACACAUUAAGCCCGAGAUUGCUAAAUUAGAUAUGACGUCUAAAAUUAGUGAUUUAGAACAGCGUUUGAAGAACUUGGAAAAUAUAAUUGGUAAAGAUCAGCAGAAAUUGUCUCCUUUGGCUCUGCAAACAAAUGAUAAAAGUAUUGUUAAUGCCAUACAAAUUUUAUCUGCAAGAACUAGCCUACUGGAUCCUACUCAUUUAGAUCAGGUAGAAGGUCGACUAGUUGCACUUCAGCAGAGACUACUUCUGAUAUCCGAAAAGAAAACACAAGUCGAAGACAUAGAGAAACAAAAUAAGAUUUCAGAACUAUAUGAUCUUCUUAAAAAAACAGAAAUGUUGAACGUAAAUGUGCCUGUAAUAAUGGAUCGUCUUCUAGCUCUGAAAGAACUUCACGAACAAGCUUUGCAGUUUAGCAAGGCUCUGACUCAGUUGGAUACUGUACAACAACAGAUAACAAGUUCUUUGAAGAAGGACGAGAAACUUCUGCAUACGGUUCAGGAUGUGUUUACAAAAAACACAGAGAUGUUUAAAAACAACAUGGCCAGUCUGGAUGCAAGAAUAGCUGCACUGAAGAAAUAAUUUCUUUAUUUUUUUUAAUAAUUAAACAGAAGUCUUUCAUAAUAUAUCUAUAUUUAGCAUUUAUAAAUGCUUCAUGAUUAUAAAAAUGCAAUUUUGAAAACUUUUUUCUCGACAUGUAACUACUUUAGGUAACUUAUUUAAAU